GCCCGAGAGCAGAGUGCGUGAAAGCCAAGCUGCGCAACAAACAGCGCAAUAAAUGCAGCCUGUUCAAUAAUUCAGCUUUUUCUCCGUUACCCGAUAAUGCGGAAGCUGUUUCAUAAGGAUAUAUGUAUAUAUUUUUACCAGGAAUUAUGAACGGAAAUUCUGAAACUUAACCAUUUUAAAUAAUUUCAGAAACGUUUUGCGAUUUUUUUUUCCGCACGAAAAACUGGUGCUAAAUUCACAUCAAGUACAGAACUAUGGCUCUGGUUGUCCACCUAAAAACUGUUACAGACCUUCGGGGGAAGGCAGACAGGAUCGCCAAAGUGUCAUUUCGAGGGCUUUCAUUUUACACCCGGGUUUUGGAAAACUGUGAAGAAGAAGCAAGGUUUGAUGAGACUUUCCGGUGGCCAGUUGCCAGUAAGAUUGAUGAAAACGAGAUGUUGGAGAUCCAGGUCUUCAACUUUAGCAAAGUCUUUUCAAACAGAUUGAUUGGAACCUUCCGUAUGGUGCUGCAGAAGGUAGCGGAGGAGGCUCAGCUGGAGGUGUCUGAUACUCUUAUAGAUGACAACAACACAGCUAUUCGGACGAACAUUACAAUAGAGAUCAGGUACCAGCCCCUGGAUGGGACUAUGUGCACCUGGAAUGAUGGGGAGUUCCUGGAUGUGCCAGAUGACCCAGAUGGCACCGUCCGCUUUGAGACCAGCAGCCUCCUCUCUGGAUACAGCAAUGGCUCAGGGACGUCUCUUGGGAAGGCCAGCCAUGGACUUCCUGUCUUGCGGAAAGCCGGGAAAAGAGUCUUCUCAGCCAUGAAGCUCGGCAAGUCACGUGCAUCUAAGGAGAAGAAAGGAGAUGAUCUGGCCUUCCUGGAAACAGAAGACUUGAACCGAAAGUCCUCUCGGAAGGACCCAGACAGCAUCUCUGUGGCUUCAGUUACUGCUGUUACCACCAAUGUCUCCAACAAGAGAUCAAAGCCCGAUAUUAAGAUGGAACCUACCAUCGGGAGGCCAGUGGAUUAUCAGAUCAGCGUGACGGUGAUAGAAGCCCGACAGCUGGCCGGCGCAAACAUGGACCCGGUGGUUUGCGUGGAAGUUGGGGAUGAGAAGAAGUACACGUCAGCGAAGGAAUCGACAAACAGCCCCUAUUACAACGAGUAUCUUGUGUUCGACUUCCACAUGUCUCCAGACUUCAUGUUUGACAAGAUUUUAAAGAUAUCUGUCAUCCACUCUAAAAACCUCCUGCGGAGUGGAACUCUAGUAGGCUUGUUCAAGAUGGACGUUGGCACGGUGUACGCUCAGCCUGAGCAUAUGUUCUACCAUAAAUGGGCAAUGAUCACGGACCCUGACGACAUGGGCGGUGGAUGCAAGGGCUACGUCAAAUGUGACAUCGCAGUGGUCGGAAAGGGAGACAACAUCAAAACGCCACACAAAACCACAGAGAAAGAUGACGACGACAUAGAAGGGAACCUUUUGAUCCCAGAAGGUGUUCCUGCAGAGCGACCAUGGGCUCGGUUCUAUGUGAAGGUCUUAAAAGCCGACGGUCUUCCGAAAAUGAACACCAGCCUCAUGGCUAAUGUGAAGAAGGCUUUCAUUGGCGAGAACAAAGAUUUGGUGGAUCCUUAUGUCCAAGUUCUCUUCGCAGGACAGAAAGGAAAGACAUCUGUCCAGAAGAGCUCUUACGAGCCCGCCUGGAACGAGCAAAUCAUUUUCACAGAGAUGUUUCCCCCACUUUGUAAGCGGAUGAAGAUCCAAAUACGGGAUGCGGAUAAAGUAAAUGAUGUCGCUAUAGGCACACAUUUCAUUGACCUGUCGAAGAUUUCUAAUGAAGGAGACAAAGGGUUUCUUCCCACACUGGGGCCUACCUGGGUAUACAUGUAUGGCUCAACGCGGAACCACGGUCUCAUGGAUGAGCAUCAGGACCUUAACGAGGGGCUUGGGGAAGGGAUUUCCUUCCGAGCUAGGCUACUCCUUAGCAUCGCUGUAGAGAUCAUGGACACCAGUGUUGAGACCCCCACCUCCACCGACGUGCAGGUGGAACCACUGCAAAGUAUCUCAGAGGAAUCUGCAGGGAAAAUAGAAGAUUUCUUCCUCUUUGGGUCCUUCCUAGAGGCCACGAUGAUUGACAGGAAAAUUGGAGACAAACCCAUUAACUUUGAAGUCACAAUAGGAAACUAUGGAAACCUAAUUGAUGGCGCAAGCAAGCCAAAAAUAAGGAAGACGAGGAGGAACGAAGGCGAUGAAGAGUCUGAGCUUAUGCAUCACGAUGAGGGAGAGGAAGAUGGAGAUGAUGAAGAUCUGGUCCCAGUGUCCUCCACUCCGCUAAUGAAGCCGAUGAUCACUGAGAGGAAUUAUUACCAUUUGCCGUAUUUUGAUCGAAAGCCCUGCAUUUUCAUCAAGAGCUGGUGGCCAGAUCACAGAAGACGCCUUUAUAACUCCAACAUCAUGGACAAGAUUGCAGAUAAACUGGAAGAGGGUCUGAACGAUGUCCAGGAGAUCAUAAAAACCGAGAAGGCCUACCCAGAGAGGAGGCUGAGGGGCGUCUUGGAGGAGCUAGCCACAGACUGCAAUCGCUUUUUAACGCUGGCAAAUAAGGAUGAGAACCAGUCAGGAAGGACCAAGCUGGACCGAGAGAGGCUGAAAUCCUGCUUGAGGGAACUGGAAAACAUCGCCCAGCAGGCGAAACUAAUCCGCUCUCAAGUGAAGAAAAACACGGUGAAGGAUAAGCUGAAGCAGGUGCAGAACUUCCUGCAGAAGCUGCGGUUCCUGGCAGAUGAGCCUCAGAACAGCAUUCCUGACAUUUUCAUCUGGAUGAUUAGUAACAACAAGCGCAUCGCCUAUGCUCGCAUCCCGGCCAAGGACAUCCUCUACUCCAUUGUAGAUGAAGAAUCUGGGAAGGACUGUGGAAAAGUGAAAACCAUCUUCCUUCGGCUACCGGGUAAGAAAGGCUUUGGACCAGGUGGCUGGACAGUGCAGGCCAAACUGGAGAUGUACCUUUGGCUCAGUCUCAGCAAGCAGCGAAAGGAAUUCCUGAGUGGCCUGCCCAAUGGCUUUGAGGAGUUCAGAGAUGUCCCACCCGCCAACAGCGGCCCCCCCACCACCCUCAUCUACAACAUGAAGCAGGUGUUCCAGCUGAGGGCACACAUGUAUCAGGCACGAAGCCUGUUUGCAGCAGACAGCAGUGGCCUCUCCGACCCCUUUGCCAGAGUUUUCUUCUCCACCUACAGCCAAGUCACUGAGAUUUUGAGUGAAACUCUGUGCCCUACGUGGGACCAGCUCUUGGUGUUUGAUCACGUGGAGCUGUAUGGGGAAGCCGCGGAACUAAGGGAUGACCCACCCAUCUUAGUUAUUGAGUUCUAUGAUGAGGACAAUGUGGGCAGAGCUGAGUUUAUAGGUCGCGCCUUCGCCAAGCCUCUCACUAAGAUGUCGGACGAGCACUAUGGCCCCCCGCUCUUCCCGCCUCCGCUGGAGUAUUACCAGAUUUACCGAGGAAACACUCCUGCGGGGGAUCUGCUGGCCGCCUUUGAGCUGCUGCAGAUUGGCCCGGGUGGGAAAGCUGAUCUGCCCCCGAUCGACAGUCCAACAGACACUGACCACGGCCCCAUCCUCCCUGUCCCAGUGGGGAUAAGGCCAGUCCUGAGCAGAUAUAGAAUUGAGGUUCUUUUCUGGGGCCUGAGGGAUCUGAAGCGUGUCAACCUGUCCAAUGUGGACAAGCCCCGUGUGGACAUUGAAUGUUCUGGUAAAGGGAUACAGUCAACGGUCAUUGCAAACUAUAAGAAAAAUCCUAAUUUCAGCACCCUGGUCAAGUGGUUUGAAGUUGACCUGCCUGAAAAUGAGCUUCUUCAUCCUCCGCUCAACAUCCGUGUGGUUGACUGCAGGGCUUUCGGUCGCUACACCUUGGUCGGCUGUCAUGCUGUCGCCACCCUUCGCAGGUUCCACUAUACCGGCAACGGCAAGCUGGCCAGCAACUGGGACACUGGUGCGGAGAUAAUCAUCAACAUGGAACCAGAGCCGCUAAUCAAGAAGAUGGAUACAGUCGUCAAGCUGGAGGCAUCAUCUGAUGCCGUUGUUAAAGUUGACAUGAAUGAUGAUGGCAAGAAGAAAAAGAAGAAGAAAAAGAAGGGAGAAGAGCCAGAGGAGGAGGCCGAGGCGGACGAGAGCACACUGGAUUGGUGGUCCAAGUACUUCGCCUCCAUAGAAACCUUAAAAGAACGGCUCAAAGCAGAAGAAGCUGCUCUAGCAGAGGCAGAGGAAAAGGAGGACAUGGAGAUUGCAGCCGAGACCGCAGAAAUUAAACCUGAUGUAAAAGCCUCAAAGGGUAAGGAGAAGAACAAGGAGAAGACCAAGAGCUCCAAAGACAAAAAGAAGAACCAGGCGGCAGAGUUAGCGGAGGUGGAAUCCCAGCCAAAAGUUGAUGAGCUUCUGGUAUACAACAAGGAACUUGAACAUGACUUUAACGACUUUGAAGACUGGUUGCACACUUUCAACCUUUAUCGGGGAAAGGCUGGAGACGACGAUGACGUAAACGCGACAGAUGAGGAGAGGAUUGUUGGCAGAUUCAAAGGGUCGAUUUGUAUGUACAAAAUGUCACUCGCAGAGGAAUUCACCAAAGAGCCGGGAUUUGACCCCAAUUUGGGCAUGUUCCAAGGCAUCCCACAUAAUGAUCUGAUCCACGUCCUGGUUCGCGUAUAUGUGGUCAGGGCUACUAACCUGCACCCUACAGACAUUAAUGGGAAGGCUGAUCCAUACAUUGCGGUCAAACUGGGAAAGACAGAAAUCAAAGACAAAGAGAACUACAUCUCCAAACAGCUGAACCCUGAAUUUGGAAAGUCUUUCGAUAUUGAAGCCAUUUUUCCCAUGGAAUCCAUGCUCUCAGUGGCAAUCUAUGACUGGGAUUUGGUGGGCACUGACGACCUGAUUGGGGAAACCAAAAUUGAUCUGGAGAAUCGCUUCUAUAGCAAAUACAGGCCAACCUGCGGCAUUUCCUCUACCUAUUCCACUUUUGGGUACAACAUGUGGAGAGACCCCAUGAAGCCCUCACAGAUCCUGUCCAAGCUUUGCAAGGAAUCCAAGCUAGAUCCACCUCAGUAUGGCCCCGGUGGGCGAGUCAAAGUAGCCAACCGGGUCUUCCUGGGCCCAUCGGAAAUUGAGGAUGAGAAUGGUCUGAAGAAACAGACGGAUGAGCAUGUGGCCCUGGCAGCUUUGAAGCAUUGGGAACAGAUUCCAAAUGGGGGCUUCAAGCUGGUUCCUGAACAUGUAGAAACCAGGCCCCUGCUCAACGUGGAAAAGCCUGGAAUCGAACAGGGGAGGAUCGAACUGUGGGUUGACAUGUUUCCUAUGGAUAAUGCAACACCUGGCCCUGCUGUUGACAUUACACCCAGAAAGCCAAAGAAAUAUGAGCUGAGAGUGAUCAUUUGGAAUACAGAUGAAGUAAUUCUGGAGGACGAUGAUUACUUCACUGGAGAAAAGUCCAGUGACAUCUUUGUCCGGAGCUGGCUGAAGGGACAACAUGAAGACAAACAGGAUACAGACGUUCACUACCACUCCCUAACUGGGGAAGGCAAUUUUAACUGGCGACUCGUCUUCCCGUUUGACUAUCUGGCGGCAGAGGAGAAGAUUGUCGUUUCCAAGAAGGAGUCUAUGUUCUCCUGGGAUGAAACAGAGUACAAGAUCCCCGCUCGGCUCACACUGCAAGUUUGGGACGCUGACCACUUCUCUGCGGAUGACUUCCUGGGAUCAAUUGAGCUGGACUUAAACCGCUUUCCACGGGGGGCCAAGACAGCCAAAUUGUGUACCCUUGACAUGAUAACGAAUGACCAGGAGCUGCCAAGUGUCUCCAUCUUCAAGCAGAAAAGAGUCAAGGGCUGGUGGCCCUGUGCGGCCCAGGACGAGAACGAUGAACUGUAUCUCACGGGUAAGAUAGAGGCAGAACUGCACCUGCUGACAGCUGAUGAAGCAGAGAAGAACCCAGUAGGUCUUGGGAGGAAUGAACCGGAGCCCCUGGAGAAACCAAACCGACCGGAUACCACCUUCCUGUGGUUCAUGAGCCCCCUAAAAGCCGUCCGCUAUCUGAUCUGCACCCGCUACAAGUGGCUGAUCAUUAAGAUAGUGCUGGCCGUGCUGCUGCUGAUCAUGGUAGCCCUCUUCCUGUACAGCAUGCCAGGCUACCUAGUGAAGAAGAUGCUGGGGGCAUGAACAUGGAGGGACACUGCACACCAUGCCUCAAGCCCCAGCCUCGACUUCUCAGGCCUUCAGCACUACGAGACCCCGACACGAGAGCAUCCUCCACACACUACUCCCUUCCAUAUUGUCAUAUCAUACUUCACCAUUAACCUUCUAACCAUCACCUGCUUUCUGGUGUUAAAAACUUAACAAAUGGCUAAUUUACAAACUAGUAUUUGCAUGGAUUUAUUUGAGCAUUUUUCUGGUAGUACUAUAAAAUUUUGCAUUUGUUUUUUGGUGUCUGGUGGAAAUGUCUGACUUGUUUGAUCAGUUCCAUUUAGGGUAUCGGUCAGUCACCGGUCAGUGUUUUUCUGGUUAGAACUUGUAGUAGCACAAUUGUACGCUGGUUUAUUUCACAAAUCACUAGUAAUUUUCAUUAGGGAUCCUGAAUAUUUGUGAACUGUCUAUUGAACAUUGGGGUAUUUGUUGCUCAUAAAUUAAAAUGCUAAGGGCUAAGGACAUCUAUUAUUUGUAGUCCAACAGGGAAUAAUAAAGUGUAAAAGUGUAACAAUCAAAAAAAAAAAAAAAAAAACAGUUACAAGACAAAUGAAUAUUUUAACAGUUUCUAAGUGUUGCAGCUUGACAGCAUUUACUUGGAAAUUUGUUUAUAUAAAUGACAGUGGAUCAAACGUGGAAGAUAAAGCAGUUACAUUUUUCCAAAUAAUCAGCUAUAAUCAGCAUACGUAUUGUGAUGUUUUCAUUAUUUUAGAAUGAAUGCAGGCAUAUUGAGUUUUGUCAAAGCAUGCACUGUGGAAUUGGAUAUACUGAUAAAUACCUGUUAAAAUUAUAAGUGUAAGCUGUCAGUGGACGAUACAACGUUCUGUUUUAGUUGUAUAUUUGCAUGUGUUUUUUUAGUCAGCGUUUGCCUUCACAGAAAUAGGAACUUAGUGUAGUUUCAUUUAUAAGCCAUUUCUGUUCAGCGUUAUGCAAAUAGGCCUGCUGUAUGCACUGUGUCUACGGGAGAAACGCUGAACUGCAAUGAAAGCAGGAGAUCAUGUGACAAAAUAAAUUUCGAAACCCUCAAUGGGUCAAAAUGAGGAGUUGCCGUUUAUGGAGGAAUCCCAUGUGGAACGAUGAAACCUGCUUGGUUUCUCAAUUAGCUGCCUUAUCCAGGGUAAUUAAACACCAACUGAUGCAAUCAGGUGAAUUCAUACCCACUGUACAUGCAUGGUGGGCAGGAAGGUGACAAGUAUGUGAAAAUGCAAGUGUUACAGUCUAAUUCAGAUGGUUUAUUCAUGUUGUAAAAAAUGACUUCUGUCAAUGAUGGGAUGUCUGGUGUGCCUUGUGCAGUUACUCAGCCUGUGUUGAUCCUGCUCGGACACUGAUCUCAAAAUUUGUAUCUUACUCAUUCAAGCGACUGCUCACAUACACACACGAAUGAGAGAAAAACACGUUUGCACUGAUUUUGCUUAUUUAUAUGACGGAGUGUUUCUUACUGUUUUUUCUUUGUUGUAGUGCAGUACUUCUUGUCUGUAUCAAAGUGAUGAUGGUUAAAUAAAGAUGCGAGCAGUCACA